CACCUGGCCUCUCACUCUCGUAACUGGCUUAUGGAAUAAAGCAUACUGAUCUCUUCACUCACCAAGGCGAAUUGCAACUGAUUUGAUUUAGCCGACAAACAGACUUAAAUUUUAAACUAGAGUUUAGAUUAAGAAUAUUAAGAGUAGAUACAUAUUUUACGCAAUUCCAAAAAUUGAACCCUAUCUGUACAUGUUAUUAAAUACACAAAUAGAAUAUGAAUCAUCAAAUUGUUAAAAUCUAUAAUACACAUGAUUUUGAACGAACUACAAAAGGCAUAAAAGUUGCUCAGUUCAUGAGAUUAAAACAUUCAAGUUCAGAUACUAAACAAAUUUUUAAUAAUUUUGAAGAUCUUGUUAUAUCAAAUUCAUUAUGCUGCUCUUAUUGCAAUACAGUAUUUGCUGAUAAGUAUCAGCAGAGAACUCAUUAUAAAUUAGAUUGGCACCGAUUUAAUUUAAAACAGCAUUUGCAUGGUCUCAAAUCAGUUUCAGAAGAUAUUUUCAAAGUUAUGAUGGACAAAAAUGAUUCAAGUACAUCAGACUCUCAAAAAAAUACACAGACUAAAGACUGUACUCCCAAACAAUGGAAUGAAAAUAAAAAAACGAAAAAAAAAACUGUAAACCAAAAGUUGUUAGAAUACAAACUAGAUAGUUCUGAUGAAGACUGCACUGAAGAGGAUAGUGUUAUGAUUAAAAAUGAUAUACUUUUGACGAUUACAACUCGGCAUUCUAAGGUUUUUUUUGAAAAUGAAGAGGGUAAUAUAUUCAGCAUAUAUCGAUGUUUACUACACAGUAAAAAGGAAAUACCAGAAGUUGAUAACGAGAUUAUAACUCAAGCUUUAAAAAGUGGAAGAACGUCACUGUGGACAAUUGUAAUGGUUGGUGGAGGUCAUUUUGCUGCUGCAGUUUUUUCCGAUGGAAACGUGAUUGUGCACAAGGCCAUCCACGCUUAUACAAUACGUGCAAAACAAGGUUUUGUUCAAAGCUCUCAUGACAAUCGUCAUUCAUUAAAUAUCAUAAAAAGUGCUGGAGCAAAUAUUCGCCGGCAGAAUGAAUAUAAACUAACACAGCAAAUACAGAAAGUUCUAGAAUCUUGGUCAUCCUAUAUUGAAAAAUCAUCGUUGAUACUUUAUAGAGCAGUUGGUCCAUGCAAUCGCACUAAAUUAUUUGGCGGAAAAAAUGCACCUCUUAAUAAAAAUGAUCCUCGACUAAGGCCACUUCCAUUUCCUACUCGUAAAGCAACAUUUAAUGAAGUCAAGCGUGUAUAUGAUAUUUUGAGUAACAUGGAAAUAUAUGGAUCAGCAAAAAAUUUUACAGAAGCUUUCCCAAUAUCACCACGUCAACCUCGUAGAAAAAAAUCACUAAAGGGCUAUUUUAUCAACUCUAAUGAUAUUUGUAAUAAAAGUAAUAAUAGCAAUAAACCAAUAAACACAUUGGAAGAUAGACAAUGCAAAAGUUUUCGAACCCAUAUAGAUAGAGCCAAACCAAGAAAAAGCCCACAUAGACCAUUACCAGACAUAGUCGCCAAACUUGCUCAAUCUUCUUCUGAAUCAGAAUUUGAAAUACAAGAUUACGCUUAUACAAGAAUAAAUAACAUAAAUUUUAUUGAACAGAAAUCGGAAGUUAACUUUAAAAAUUGUUUGGAAGCUUUCGAAAAUACAACACCGUUAAACAUGCAAAAAAAAAAUCAUAAACGGAAACAAAAAUUUUAACAUUCAAAACAAACAAAAAAAUAAAUGCCAAUGAUAUCGUUUUCUGACAAAAUUAUACAUUUGUUAUUCCAAAAAGGAAAUAAAUAAAUGCAUGAGCGUUUUUAAUCGCAUGAUUAUAACAUUUUCACUUUUAAGUCCAAUAUUAGUUAUUCACAACAAAGUUUGCUACUCAUAAAGAGAAUUAAGAAAUCGCUGCCAAAUUUUUGACACAAUACUCUUUGCAACCUCAUGUAUUGUUUUAAUUUGAUACUCUUGCGACGGGCGAGAAUCAUAAAGCGUGUUUAGAUAAUUCUCGGCUCGCCUUUACUCAGGAGAGAAAAACCAUGCUUAUCGCAGGAUGUUUUGUCUCAUGGCGAAUCUUAAGGGGCAAACAACUUUUAAACCCUAAAAAAAAGAUUUAUAAUAUAACAUUACAAAUUUAAAGUAAAUUAUUUGAAAUUUUUUCUAGUGAUAUUUAGUAAUAUUACUUAUACUUUUACUGCAGUAAAUCAUUUAUCACAUCCACUUACUCAUUGUGGCAGUCGGUGAAAUGGUUUGGAAAUAUUUCCCUGUCUAUAGAAUUCCAAGUAAACAAGUGGUUUUUUUGGAUUAAAAUUUUAGGAGAACACUUUGUAUACCUUUAGUUUUGGUAUGAAUGCAGGCUUUUUUAUUUGAAUGAGUAAAAUAUGUUUUAUGAACAAAAAGAUGAAAUAUUAAGCGAAGAAAAGGAAUAAAAUAUAUGACCAGAAAA